UGGAGGGGUUACUUAUUUCCUCGACUAUACUGUCUGCAAAGGAUGUAGGUACAUCACAUAGUGAGCUAACAUGACAUCACAAACUAGCAUCAAUGUAUUGCAUCAGUUAGGUUAGGUAUGUCAGCUAGCUCUGUUAGCUCUGUCACACAGCGGAUGGAUACGGUUUAAAGGGAUACCGGUGCUAGCUGAUGAAGUGAACGUUACUAUCUGCACUGCUGAAGGAUGUUAACUGUCCCCUCACCAUCCUCUGCCUCUUGCCGGUGCUAACGGGGCUAAUCAUUGACAGUAAGCGAAAAUAUUAUCCCGAUAGAGAAUUAAUCUGUGGAUUCAACAAUGGUUCUUUGAAACAGGCAGUCUUAGCUUUCCAGUCACACUCCCACCUCCCUCUUUCUUCUCUUGGUGUACACCCCUCUUUUCAUUUUGACCAGUAUUUUAUUGUUCUACAAUUUCAACCGGUCUCAGUUUACGCUGCUGGUAGAACGUCUUUGUCACUCCCAGUCACGUCCCUGUUAACUGCUCUGAGUCGAGGCUGAAGGCUGUACAUCCUCCACAAUGGUUGCUGAGGGGGACUCGGCGUCUCAGGGCAGCGGCGUGCGGCUGAAGCAGGAGAUUUCCCUCCUCCAUGGGGUCUGUCUCAUAGUGGGAAAUAUGAUAGGAUCCGGGAUCUUCGUAUCACCUAAGGGGGUCCUUAAAUAUACAGGCUCAUAUGGCCUGUCCCUGGUGGUGUGGGCCAUUGGAGGGAUAUUUUCUGUGUUUGGAGCGUUAUGCUAUGCUGAGCUAGGAACUACUAUCCGUAAAUCUGGAGCGUCCUACGCCUAUAUCCUGGAGGCCUUUGGAGGCUUAUUGGCUUUUAUACGACUGUGGACGUCGCUGUUGAUAGUGGAGCCAGCCUGUCAGGCGGUGAUCGCCCUGACCUUCGCCAACUACUUGGUCCAGCCCUUCUACCCCUCCUGCCCCUCCCCAUAUGUCCCCGUCCGCCUCAUCGCUGCUGCCAUCAUAGGUCUGCUGACUUUCGUGAACUGUAUGAAAGUUAAAUGGGGAGCUAUUCUUCAGGUCAUUUCCACCGUAGCAAAGGUCCUAGCUCUCAUCGUCAUCAUCAUUACUGGCCUGAUUAAGCUUGGACAAGGUUUCAACCAGAACUUUGAGGACUCCUUCCAAGGCUCCAAACUGGACCCCGGUAACAUGGCCAUGGCCCUCUACGCGGCCCUGUACUCCUACUCAGGCUGGGACACGCUCAACUUCAUCACAGAGGAGAUUAAAAACCCAGAGAGGAAUCUGCCUUUGUCCAUUGCUAUUUCCAUGCCCAUUGUCACUGUGAUCUACAUCUUGACCAACAUCGCUUACUACGUGGUGAUGGAUGCAGACCAAGUGCUCACCAGUGAAGCUGUUGCUGUGACGUUUGCCGACGAGGUGCUGGGCUGGGGUCGAUGGAUGAUCCCGCUCUCUGUAGCCAUUUCCUGUUACGGAGGCCUCAACUCCUCCAUCAUCGCUGCCUCCAGGUUGUUUUUCGUCGGAUCCAGAGAAGGUCACCUACCUAAUGUGCUGUGCAUGAUCCACAUCAAGCGUUUCACACCAAUCCCUGCUCUGCUUUUCAAUGGUGGCAUGUCUCUGUUAUACCUGUCCGUGCCUGACGUUUUCCAGUUGAUCAACUACUUCAGUUUCAACUACUGGUUGUUCAUCGGCCUGUCGAUAGCCAGCCAGAUCUACCUUCGCAUCAAAUUUCCCGAUAUGCACAGACCUGUUAAGCUGUCUCUGUUCUUCCCCAUCGUGUAUUGCUUGUGCAGCGUCUUCCUGGUAGUUGUUCCCCUCUACAGCGACACCAUCAACUCUCUGGUGGGGAUUUCUGUGGCCUUGUCUGGUGCACCUGUGUACUACUUCUGCAUCUACCUGCCAGCCAGCUCCAGACCAGCCUUCCUCAAUACAAUGCUUGAUAGGAUCUCUCUGUACACCCAGAAACUGUGCAUGUGCUGUGUGGCUUCGCCUGAUAUCGACCUGGACAAUAUAGACCCGGAGAAGAUUGAAUGAUGGAGCAACAAAGGCCUUGUGUGGAAUGGAAUAACAAGAAUGAACACAAAGGAAGCUUUGAGCUGUAUAACUUGAUGAAUGAAAGAAGGACGAAGAAGAAAUGGGAGAGGUGAGCUGUACACAUCUCUUCUCUCACAUUUGAGCCGUAUGGUAAAAGGACCAGGAAUUAAUAAGUACACACCCCCCCCCCCCCAAGCAAACAGCACUGUACAGAUUAACUGAAACUUGAGCACAUUCACAUGCUUUACGCAGUGCAGUGUUGGCCAUGAAGUUCCCUCCACACAUGUGCCCAUAAACUGCAACACACACACACACACACACACACAAAAGCUGACCGAAGCCUCAGGGUGAUGCUGCGACAAAUGGAAAUGAACAACCUGAUCCAGGAGGAAUCGACUCAGCAUGCCUGAGGGGAUUUAUUCACAAACAGGAGGCUACUGAGGAAAAAAGACACAGGUGGAACCGAAAAGGACCUUACAUGUGUUUCAUCUCGUGUUAAGGAAGUGAGUUACCAUAGCACAUGGGAACUUGCAAAAGAUAUGGUUCAAAUCUUGGUACCUUCUUUAAAAUAAUACUUCACCACCAAAAUGACCAUUUGUACAUUUAUUAAUAACCCUGUUACCUUUGACUCGUGAAGGAAACAUUGUUUCUCACAUAUCUCCUGAUAUUUUAAGCCUAAGUGGGAAGUAAUAAGCUAACAACUAGAAUAAUAAAGUCUGUUUGAUAGUUCUGCACGAGGUGGUUGAGAGUUUGUAACUGAUAUAGUUUAGCCGUUUUUAAACCCAGAUCCCAUUUACUUAUAUUCACCAUGAAUGUUCUCAUUUGGGAUUCUUUGUUAGACAGAAAUAUCCAAGAAAAGCAAGGUUUUCUGAAAUAAUUCAAAGUAACAUUUUGUGAGUAAAAUUCUCCUGAACACUUCGCAAAUAUCACAGGAUAGUUCAUCCAAAGGUUGAAGUCCCCUUCAAUCCUUUUAGUUCCCUUAAUGUUAUAAAAUGAAGAAUGAUCAAGUAAUUUAAAGGCGAAAACAAUGAUUAUAAGAAGUUGAACAAUGAUUACAUCUACCAACCCAAUGAUGUAGCUCUCUGGUUUUUCAUUGGUUUGCAUCAACAUCACACGGGUCAUCUGCCAGUGUGUGGUACUGGUAAACAUUCCUGUUGGGAACGUUUUUUAGUUUUUUUUUGCAAGCUUGUAUAAAUCCCAGACAGAUAACGUCCAACAACAUUGUGUUUUGUUGACAGACCUCUAAAUACUGCAGUGAAUUUUCACAUCACAUUUAUGUUUUAUUGUACAACGUCUUUGGUCAUAGGAAAGCUUUACUCUGAUCUAUUUCCAACCAAAUGAAGAUAAUUUGUAAUCAGUUUAGAAAAAUGAGAUUAUUUACAAAAGCUUUUAUUUCUUGCAGUUCGAACAAGCUUGUCAUAAAUCUGUCGCUAUGUGCAUCCUGCUUUUUGUAAUGUAUGAUGUUUUCUUCUGUGACCUUCAUCUUCGAAUGCAUCUUCAAGGCUAUACUUGAUUUCUAGUGCCUCCUAGUGGUAGCUGAUAUAAACUCCCAGGGACCAGCUUUAACGGUGUCAUUCAAAGGUCCAUCUUGCUGUUGCAGUCAUCUUGUUCUCUGUUUUCAUACAAACACACCCCGGUGAGAGGAGUGUAACAUUAGUGUUAUGGAUAUAUAAAAAGAAGGUUUCUAAAUAUGUUACCGGUGAUUGUUUCUCGCUAGGUGCCUGCGUCACUCCUCUGGGUAAUGUCUUGGUAAACAAACCACUCUGUUGUGCACACGUUGAUACUUAUGACCUUUCUCUUUUUUCCCACUGGUUUUAAAGAGUUUGUAUCACACAUGAGAUAUUUUACUGUAAUUAUGCCUUGUGAAUCUAUCACCAACUUGGACCAUGUAUUCACCGUGCACAGCCAAAGCUCUUAAACAGGCUGGUCGCUUUCUGCUCAGAGCCAGUAGCAAAAUGUCUCUGCUUUGUAGUGACGAAUACAUAGAUGUAGGUGGUUGAAUUAGAGGUAGAAAAAAGUGUUUUGUUUGUGCUGUAGUUCUUAUAAACGCUCUGUGCCUUCUGUAAGUGCGGUCUGCCAAAGACCCUGUCUAUUUUUGAUAUUUUCUUGUGUCUUAAGCACAAUCCUAUUUUUACAUUUCUGUAGGAUUUGCCAAAUGUUCUUCAGGUAGUAGAGCAGCUUCAAAUGUUGUAGUCAAGGUAAAGGUCUGUAAAUUCUCAGCUGGGAUUAGUAAACAGGUUUUAGAUUGAACAAUGUAUUGUGUCUUCACUUCCUCAUCACCAGCCAACAGAAGCACACGCACAUUAUGUUACAUGUUGCUUUCUCCGCUGUCAUCAUUUAAACCAAACUACUACUUGUGUAGCUUGUUAAGAAGAAAACCACAUGUCUGCAGUAAAUACAGAAUCUUUUCAAUGUGAUCCAAUGCAUAGUGUCAUGUUGAGAACCGAUAUACUCGCGUCACAGGACUUGAAUGUUGAACUAUAUUGAUGUUUCAUCUGGUACCAAAUACAGACUGGGUGUUUUCCAGUACUGUUUGAUAAAGUUGUUAUUUGUCUUAGAAGUAUGUCUUAAGUGCUUGCUAUGUUGACUGUUUUUAUUUAUUAUAUUCAGAACAUGGGAAAACCAAAUGGCAAGAGAUGCUUUUCAGUUGAGGAAUCCUUGUUUGCCCAGAUUGAGACGGGAAGGAGCUGUUUUAUUUGAAUAAAGGCAUGUACAGAA